AUGGAUAACAAUGGUCUUCUUCAUUAUCAAGGAAGAAAAGAUCAUCAAAUCAAAUUACAUGGACAAAGAAUUGAGCUUGGUGAAAUCGAAAGAUGUUUAUUGAAAGCACCUAUUUCUGCGUGUGUUGUCAUGAAAUGGAAUGAUGAUCAUCUAGUUGCUUAUGUUCAAACUUCUAAAAUAGAUGAAGUGCAACUACGUCAACAUUGUCAAUCUCAUCUUCCACCAUAUAUGAUACCAUCUAUAUUUAUUAUACUUGAUAAACUACCUCUGAAUCCAAAUGGAAAAAUAGACAGAAAACAACUUCCUUCACUCAACUUUUCCUUGUUAACUUCGACAUCGUCCGAUAAAUCUGAUAGUCCUCUUAAUCAGUUCGAAGAACGUAUACUCACUAUUUGGUGUCAGGUUCUUCAUUCUAAUGAAAAUCACAUUUCUAGAACUACCAGUUUUUUCAGUGUUGGUGGUCAUUCACUAUUAUUUAUUGAACUUUAUCAUCAGUAUCAAUCAGUGUUUAACUUUGAUACUCAUAUACUUUCAAUUGCUCCAUUUCUUCAACAACCAACGAUAUUUCAACAUUCACAAUUACUUCAAACAGUCAUAAUGAAUAAUACCAAGGCAACACAGUGGUACACGUUACAUAUAAGUGAAGGUAUUGCCUCUUUUGCUCAAGAGCGUAUCUUUCUCGAUGAACAAGUUCGCUUUUCGAGUGAUAUUGCUAUUUACAAUGAACUGCAUACUUUACAAGUUGUUCAAGGAUCAUUAUCAUUCAAUCGUUUAUUACAAGCACUACGAUGUAUUUUGAAUAAACAUAAAAUAUUACGUACAUCUCUUAUUUUCAACAAUGAUAAUAAUAGUUUGAAGCAAUGCAUUACAGAUAUACAUAAAACAUUCACUAUAGCUAUGAAUCAAACAUUUGGGAAUGAAAAUGAACUUCGAGACAUUAUUUAUCAAACAACGAUUAAUCCUAAUCUCUUCGAUCUAUCAAAUGGCCGUGUUUUUCAUGCUGAAAUUCUGAAACAUCAAAUAGCAUUAAAUGAAAAUGAAAACAACAACAAUGAAUGCAUAUCUAAUUCUGAUGUUCUUCUCAUUGCUUUUCAUCAUGCCGCAUUUGAUCGAGCAAGUCGUUCAAUCUUUCUCAAGGAUCUAUGUUCAGCUUAUAAUACUAAUGCAAUAUCAAUAGAAGAUGAUGAAUCAUUGCAAUAUAUUGAUUAUAGUGUACAUGAACGUCUAAUUGAUAUGACAACAUCUCGUGAAUUUUGGAAUUUACAAUUAGAAGAAUACAAUUUCGACUCUAGGUUAUUAUUACCAGUUGAUCGACAUCGUUUAUCUAAUGAUCAUCGAUCAGGUUCUGCUUGUAUCACUCAAAUCUCUUUUGACAACAAGAUUUUACAGUCAUUUCUUGAUUAUGCUUCUACACAUCAUGUGACACCAUUUCAAUUAGGUCUGAGUAUAUUAUAUGCGUUUCUUUUCAAGUUAAAUCAUGGUGAAAAUGAUUUAUGUAUUUCUUGUCUUAAUGCUAAUCGAUAUAAAACUGAACUGCAGAAUAUAAUAGGAAUGUUUGUUUCAACAUUACCAUAUCG